AUGGAUCAGAUCUACGGGAACACCAACAAUUCUAAAAGCUCAAAAUCAUCAUUACCUUUUGAUUUACCUACUCAUUUACCAAACCAAUUACCAAAUCAAAUCCCAAAGAAUGUGUCAAGUUUACCAAGUCAUCUACCUAAUGAGGAACGGGAAAAAGAUGCAAAGCAAGAACUAAAGAAAUCAGAAAAUGAAACUAAUAAGACUAAUGAGAAAGUUGAACCACAAUCAGAUGAUAAGAAGAAACAAUCAGUACCUGUUUUCGGUACAAAUAUUAUGCUGAAUACAGAACAAGAUAUAGAAGAAUGGAUUAAACAAAGAAAAUUAAACUGGAUGAAGAAGAUCUCCAAUAAGAGAGUGGUAGAGGAGAAAUCAGAACCAUCAAAAGCAGAACAACAAUCAACAAACAAACAACAAUCCAAUAGAAAAAGAAGAAAUUCAAAUAAUUCUCAACAACCCAAUAAGAGACAUAAUCAACCACAACAAAAACAACAAAAUAGACAAAACAACCACCAGAACAACAACAACAGUGUCAACCUCAAUAACCUGAUCAUCCAAAGAGAACUUCAACAGGAAAACAUCCAAAUCUUAGAUGUCAUUAAGGAAAUCUUUGAACAAGAAUUGAUUAAACCCUGA